ACCGGAACAAGAACCAGAAGCCGAACCAGAGGAAGUUCGAUAUGUCGGUCUCACUUGUCAAUAUCUCUUCGUGUCCACAGCAACUGUGGAAUUCAAAGGCGCUCCCAAAACCCUCGGCAUUAACAAAGGAGCUGAACCCCAGCAGCGCAAGGGUGCGUUUGGGAAACAAUCAUCGGGUUAGAGCCUUUUUUUCCAAUCCAAUUGAAGAACCCAUCGUCAGGAAAGCUCUUCAGGAGCCUGUGGCUUUCAUGGGAGGGAUGUUUGCUGGCCUUCUACGACUUGAUCUGAAUGAUGAUCCACUCAAGGAGUGGGUUUCAAGGACUGUUGAAGCCUCGGGGAUUACAGAAGAAGAAGUUGACGCUGACGGUUUAAACCCUGAAGAAGAAACCCCGCAACAGAUUGAGAUCGAAUAGCAUCUUAUUUCUCUUCAUGCACACAAUAGCCAGCAACCUUUCCUUGGCUUAUCAAGCGUGUAAUUAUGAGCUGCAGGAGUAAGUUCUGCUGACAACAUAUGUUGAUAUGUUAUCAACUUAUCAUGUUUCACUUGUAUUUGUAGCUGGCUAGUGCUCUCAACAAUUCAAGUUAGCUACUUGCGUUCUGAACUCUAUUUUGGAAAAUCAAAAUGAAGUAAAGAAGAUAUGGUUUUGAGUACAA